CACAGUUUGCAGAUCCCUUUUACAAGAAAACAAAACAAAACAAAAACAAAAUGUUCUAUUAGCAGAUACUACAUCAACCAGUGCAAAUAUAUCAGAUGUUACAGAGGUCGCAUCAAUGUCAGCCAGCAAAGAAGAGCUGACACAUAAAUCGAACGAAUCACAAUCGUUCGAUGCCACGUCAUCUACUGAAUGCUUCAUGACAGAAUCUGUGAAAGCCAAAAAACUGCCCGAGCCUCAUUUUCAAACCUUACCUGAUUGUGCAGGUAGUUUUGCAUUAAGUAUGGAAAAGAAACUAUCAGGACAGAAAGCAAAAAUAGUAGACAACGAUGACACAUAUGAGUCAGAUGUACCAGGCACACCCAGUACUUCAGAAAGGCAAUCAGGUAGAUUUGAUUUUGAUGAAAAGUGUUCAGAUGACUUAAGCACUAGGAACGAACAAGUAGCACAAUAUUAUACAACUGAAAACGAAAAUUCGGAUGCUGCGAAAGACAAGAAAUUAUAUGAAGCUUCGUUUGAUGAAUACAAGUCAAUGGACGAUUCUCAUGAUGCUUCUUUGAAGUCAGAUUUCACUGCUGAUUUGCAUAUAGAAACUGUUACUAAACCUGGAAUUAUCAGAAAGCUAAAACAUUUUUUUGGCAUUACUAAACAAGUUAAAGAAGUCAAAGUGUCAAUCACAAAGGACAAAUUCUUAGAGAAGUCAUCAAAAGUUGGAAGAAAGAAGUUACACAACAAAAAGAUAGCACCUAUAAUAAUCUGGGAUUUUGGAGGGCAGGAUGUGUUCUAUUCUACUCAUCAGACAUUUUUAACAUACAGAGCUAUUUACAUAAUUGUAUUGGAUGGUAGUAGAAACCUCGAUGAUCCCUGUCCGUAUGAACAGUACCUUCCAGGAAAGAGUGGACAUAAAACAUCAAGAGAUUAUCUGCUAUUCUGGAUCAACACCAUUGUAACAUACUGUAAAGGAAGUAUUCAGGGAUUUCCUAAGAUUAUGGUUGUUUUAACGCACAAAGAUCAGGUAAAAGCUAGUGAGGUUGAAACAAGACGACAUGACUUAUUUGGAGAAAUCUACAAGAUGUUUCACAAAACGCCAUUGAUGCAACAGUUGGUGAUUGAUGAUAAAAUAUUUGUAAACGCUAAAGACAAAUAUGACCCAGAAAUGGCGGCGAUAAAGGCUGCCAUCAUCAGAGAAUCAGAGAGGCAACCAACAUGGGGCGAACCACUUCCAAAGUGCUUUAUCCCGUUAGAAUUAGAAUUUGCAUCGCUGAUCAGACGCAACAUUCCUCUAAUUACCCUAGAGCAUCUGAAGAAAAUAAAUUCAUUGCAGCCUACUGUUCUGCCAAGGAGACACAGAUAG